GAGGCGCAGUGAGACGGAUUACUGUUUCUGUAAGAGACGAGUAUAGUGGAUGGAGAUGAUGAUGAUGAUGGAGAGGGAAAUGUGCCUGGAAAUUUAAGUGGUUCACUUUGAGGGGGACAGAGAUGGUGUUGGCUGAAUGAUUAUUACAGCCCAUGCAGGAUUAGAAACACUACAAAGGCCUACUCUACAGCACAUCUGAUUGUAGGACUCUAACAAGAAGAUAUUUGAACCUGGUGAAAUGGGAGAUUCUAAGAAAUGCUCCACUCCAGCAGCGGAGGACGGUCACCACUUCAACACUGACCCUGCUCUUAAUAGAGACUGUCCCCUUGACUGCAAGGUUUACGUUGGGAAUCUAGGAAACAAUGGAAACAAGACAGAGUUAGAAAGAGCUUUUGGGUACUAUGGUCCUUUAAGAAGUGUUUGGGUUGCCAGGAAUCCUCCAGGCUUUGCUUUUGUAGAGUUUGAAGAUCCCAGAGAUGCAUCUGAUGCUGUGAGAGAACUGGAUGGAAGAACCAUGUGUGGCUGUCGAGUGCGUGUCGAGUUAUCCACUGGGGAAAAGCGCUCCAGGAGCCGUGGCCCCCCUCCAUCCUGGAAUAGACGCCCUCGUGAAGAUCUUAGGCGACGUAGUCCUCCAGGCAGACGCAGAUCACCGAAGAAGAGGAGCCUCAGCCGCAGUCGCAGCAGGUCUGUUUCAAGAGACAGACGCAGAUAUCGGUCUCUCUCCAGAGACAAGAACCGUAAGCGCUCAAAAUCCUUCUCACAGUCAAGGAGUCGCUCCCAGUCUACCGAGAGGAAAUGAAGACCUAAAACAAUGGUUUAUCUGCAGGAUCCUGUGUGAAAGUACAAAUUUUUAUAGUCCUGUUCUUCUUUUUAGAUUUUGCUUGCCAGCUCAAGGCAGCGUAAGGUUGGUCACGUUACAUAUUGUGUAAUAGCAGUCUGUUGAAUUAACAACAAAGGACUAAAGUGUUUUUCUCCCUUUUCUCCUUUUGCCGGUUCUCAUGGCAAGGUUUACCCAUUGUACAGGGGAAAAAAUUUUGUCUUUGAAUUUCCUUUAUAAAGCAUAAAACUAAUUCUGUCUUACCCUGCAUGCUUUGAAAUGGAAUACUGGAUUUAGUUUUACAUUACCAUCCUGUUGUUUUUUUUAAUGGUUGAAUUAAAGUUGAUGUGAUGUUUUUAUUUGCUUUUGUUUGCUUUUUUUUUAAAUUCUUGGUUGACUUAAAUUACUGGCAAUGGGUUACUGUGAGCUGCAUCACCAAUUAUACAAGUGACAGAAAGCAGACUGGCAACAAAUGUUGUAAAUACUGAUGAUAUUUGCAGGCUAUCCUUGAAGCCUAAAACAUCUGUAAUUCUGUAUUUUACCUAUGUCAUUUUUGCAAAAGAAGGCAUUUACUCUAUUCAACUUUGCUUGAUUCUCUGAGCUCUGACAAUUUGUGCUGAUGUAGUUAAACAACUUCUUCAAUAAAUGUUUUUCUUAAGAUGACAUUA